AUGCCGAAAUCCCUCGAGAAAACCCGCAAGAAGAUAUCGAAGAAGAAGGGGAACAUCACUGCGCUCCAUGAGAACUCCCGGGAUGUGCAGCGUCUGAAGCGCGCGGAGAUGCGAGACGAUAAAUUGGCCAAAGUAGCAUCAGGGCGGAAGAAGAACGACAGGCCUCUGAUCCAGAGAGCGGCAUACUUCCAAGAAGCGAUUCGGGCAAAUGAUGGAAAGCCACUGGAGUUGGACACCAUCAAGAACCUCAUCCAAGCUUUCGUACACUCAUACGACGAGGAAUUCAACCAGUUGAAGAAGGAGCGCCGACCGGGACGACCAGCGAGUACGAGGGAGGAUCUGCUGAGAAUAAAGAUUGCCGCCGACGAAAAGGAAUAUGAGGGUGGUUUCUAUAUGCCCGAUCUUACGGACGAGAACAAUGUGGUCUUCCUUGAUCGGUGGGAGGGUUCGUGGUCAUAUCUCUCGACGCUGAAAUGGGUCCGGGUAUCGAGCAGCGGUUUGGUCCAGGCGACGAAGUUCCCACCAAAGGGAGAGUCAUGA